AUUGACAUAAACAAAAUGAAGGAAACUGUUUUACCAACACGUGUUAUAUUAGUUAUGGGUCGUAAAAGCUGGAGUGAACUAAAAAAUACAAAAAAAGGACCUGGUAGAAAAGCAAAGAAGCAAGAACCUCCAGAGCAAAAUUUGCCAAAGUAUCUUUUAGAACCUAAUGAUCUAAAGAAAGUUAAAAAAGUCAACAAAAAGAAGCAAAAGGACAGUAAAAAACUUGUUAAUAAAGCAAGAAAGUUGCUGGAACAUGAUAAUGAAGCUAUAAAUGAAAUAGUUGAUUUCACAAAAACUGAUGUAACAAAAGUAAAAAAAAAGCUUGGAAAAAGGGAGAAAAAGUUAAAGAAAAAAUAUGAUGGGAAGGAGGCAACAAUUUUUGAUUCAGAUAGUGAAAAUGAUUUUGAUGAAGAAGCAGAAAAAGAAGAAUUAUCAGAUGAUAAUGAUUCAUUAACAAAUGAUGAUGGAGGAAUUAAAGAUGACAAUCAAGAUUGGUUGACGCUAAAAGAUAAAAAACUUGAUGAUUCUAUUCAAGAUGAAAGUGAUGAAGAACUGCCUGAUGAUGAUUUCUCUGACAAUUCUGAUGAUGUUGAUGAGAAAGGACUUCUGCCUGUUGAAAGGAAAGCAAUUCAAUUAGAGAAAGCAAGGAAGAAGAUAAAAUCUUUAUCUGAUGCAGAAAUUAUAACAAAUAUAUCUGAAAGUGAAGUAUUUGUUCUACCAAGUGGUCAGGAAAUUGAGAAAGAAAAUAAUGAAAAUACUGACUUGACUGUCAUACAUCAGCGUAUAAAAGAUAAUCUUCAUGUCCUCAGCAACUUUAAAAAGUAUAGACAGCCAAACAGGAGUCGCUCAGAAUAUUUACAUUUACUGCUGCGAGAUCUUAUGACAUAUUACAGUUACAAUGAAUAUUUUAUGGAGUCUCUAAUAAACUUGUUUCCUGGUGGAGAGAUCUUAGAGUUUUUAGAAGCUUGUGAAGUAAAACGUCCAAUCACAAUACGUUCUAAUUCAUUAAAAACCAGGCGUCGUGAUCUUGCACAGGCUUUAAUUAAUCGUGGUGUUAAUCUUGAUCCGAUUGGCAAAUGGUCAAAAGUUGGUCUUGUUGUUUACGAUUCUUCUGUUCCUAUUGGUGCAACUCCGGAAUAUCUUGCUGGUCAUUACAUGAUUCAAGGUGCAUCCUCAAUGUUGCCAGUAAUUGCUCUUUCUCCACAAGAAAAUGAGAGAAUUUUAGACAUGUGUUCUGCACCCGGUGGUAAAACAACAUAUAUCGGAUCACUUAUGAAAAAUACUGGUGUCAUUGUUGCAAAUGAUGCGAAAGCAGAGCGACUCAAGUCAUUAAUUGGAAAUAUUCACAGAUUAGGGAUAACAAACACAAUUGUGUGUAACUAUGAUGGUCGCUCUUUUCCAAAAGUAAUGGGAGGGUUCGACAGGGUGUUGCUUGACGCUCCAUGUAGUGGUACAGGUGUCAUUUCUAAGGAUGAACAAGUCAAAACUAACAAGUCUGAAAAAGACAUUCAACGAUGCUCUCAUGUUCAAAAAGAACUAUUGUUAGCAGCCAUUGAUUCAGUUGAUGCAAAAUCAAAAACUGGUGGUUACAUAGUAUAUUCGACCUGCUCAAUUAUGGUUGAGGAGAAUGAAUGGGUUGUUGAUUAUGCUUUGAGUAGACGAAAUGUUAAACUUGUACCAACAGGAAUUGAUUUUGGAAAAGAAGGGUAUACAAGGUAUCGAGAUAAAAGAUUUCAUCAUACAAUGAAUUUAACUAGACGAUUUUAUCCACACACUCAUAAUAUGGAUGGUUUUUUUGUGGCAAAGUUAAAAAAGUUUGCUAAUAAAAUCCCGAAUGUUGAAAAGGAUGUUGAAGAAACAAAUGAAGUUGAAAAUAAUAAUGAAGAAUGGGAUGCAGUCAAAAAGAGAAUCAACCGUUUAGCUCUUGGAAAAAAAGUCUCUGAGGAAAUAAAUGAUACAAGGAAAGUCGAAAAGAAUGUGGAACCAAUGGAUGAAGCCCUUAAGGAAUCUGAAUCACAAACAAAAGUUAACACAGACUCUGACUCCAAUGAAGAACUAAAAAAAGAUAAAAAAGAAAAAAAGAAAAAGAUUUUAACUAAGGACGGAAAAAUAAAAAAACCUUCUAAAGAAGUAAAGUUAAAAAAGAAAAUUAAAAUGGGUUUGGUUAAUGAAAAUCAUGCUAAAACUGAAGAACAAAGUUUAGAAAAUACAGAUAAGAAAGAAAUAGAAAAAAUAAAUAAUGACAAAACAGAAGAAAAACCAUUGGCUACUAAGAAAACAACUCUGAAAAAAGGAUUGAAGAAAAAGAUAGCAAAAAAAAAUUUGAAUGAUUUAUAAAAAAACUUUUUCAACAAAUUUUUACACAAAAUAAACAUAAAAUAG